CCCACUCUUUCCUCUUUCCACUUUGAACAGUGUUCGAGGCAAGUACAUGAGCUGAAACCUCAAAAUGUCUGAUGUUGAUGUCGAUGAUGCUCCCUCUGUGCCGGCCGCAACUGGCGGUACGAUGAAUGUUAACGAGGCUUUACAAGAAGUCUUGAAAACUGCCCUCAUUCAUGAUGGCGUCGUACAUGGCAUACACGAGGCAGCUAAGGCACUUGACAAAAGACAGGCCGUUUUGUGUAUACUUGCUGAUAAUUGCGAUGAACCUAUGUACAAGAGGUUAGUUACGGCUCUUUGCUCGGAACAUGAAAUUCCUUUGAUAAAAGUUGAUAACAACAAAAAACUUGGAGAAUGGGCCGGAUUAUGUAAAAUUGAUAACACAGGAAAAGCAAGGAAGAUCGUUGGGUGUUCGUGUGUUGUAAUAAAGGACUUUGGGGAGGAAUCGCCAGCUUUAGAUGUUCUUAAAGAGAUGUUAAAGAGUAAUUGACUUUGUUAAUUUAAUAAUAAAGACUUUCUAAAAAUCGUA